CUUCUGGGGACUUUUGCCAGCCCUAAUGGUUGUUCACAUAAUUAAUGUUGAAUACCGAACUUAGAGCCAUGUAUAUUUAUGCUCAAGUGAAGUCAGCUUCCCAUUUUUUUGUGGCUUACAGUAAAUGCCCUGAGCACAUUUUGCACUCAGAUUAAUAACCACUUUGUUAUCACAAGCCUUCCUGGGGCUACCCAUUUGGGGUUUCUUUGUUCUGGUAUUUUUCUUUCAUAAAACAGGGUCAGCGUGAUUCUUUCUAGCAUUUGUAAAGAAGGAAGUCUGCGAAACGAUCUGUCCCCUUUAUUCAGAUCAUUCAUUUCACGUUUGGAAAUGGGCCUUAUUUUUAGCAAGCAGGGCAGUGGUACAAGCUGGCUGGUGUGAGUGGGCUGGGGUGGGGUGUUCUUAUUUUUGGUUGUUGCUGGUUUAGUGUGAGGUUCCAGGCAGGCUGAGGUGAACUCAGUUUCACUUGCUGUUGCUACUCAGGACUGCCAUCGGAAGGAGAUCACUGGCAGCGCUCAUGCUGCUUUCCAUAUUGCUAACUGGGAGCGCAAUAAAUAGCGUUCAGCUCAUUGUAAGGCUCCUGAAACGAAUGUGUGCAGAGAUUUCUCUUAGCUGCUUCUCUCCAGUGCAGGAGGGGUGUCAGCUGCUGGAUACCUCUGUCUUGCUCUCCUGCCCUCAUUGCUAGGUCUGCUGGGGUCAGGUCAAGUGGUGCUGCCCAACUUCUCAACAGCCUUGCAGGUAGAGGAGAAUCCAUAACAAGAUAGAGAAAGAAAGAGGAGAUACAUUUUAUUUCCCAGUCCAUGGAAAAAUAAUCUGUUGGAUUAUCAUCUGGAAACUGUGGAAGGUGCUAACAUGAGCAACGAGAGGCCAGUGAACCCCGACACAUCUACACUGACUGAAGGCCUGAAGAGAAAGAGGGGAAGACCAAAGAAGCAGCCACAGGAGGAAGCUCUGGGACCAUUGCCAGUGAAGAAACCACGAGGAAGGCCAAAAGGAAGCAAGAAAGUGACUGCUGUAUCUGGACAAAUGGUAGGACCUUCUGCUGGGAAGAGGCCAAGAGGGAGGCCCCGCAAGUGGGCAUCACUGGAAAAGACGGUUCCAGGCCCGGCAAAACUACUGGUCUUAGGAGAUCUCUUGAGUAACAUCCUUGCUGCAGCUCAGUAGUAUGUCACCUGUUCAUGUCUUGCUGAAUCCAGAGGACUGGAAAGCAAACGGGAUUUUUAAUGUCAUAUUUCAAAUUCUUUCUUUGUGAUAGUUUUGGCCAAGCUUUCUCUCUGUUGUCUGUUGGCUUACCCCAAACAUCCAAGCAGGGACUUAAGGGAAGAAAUGGCAAAUGCCUUAUCAGAGAGAUGCUUUCCACGGUUUGUAGUACAUCUUUUGUGAGGAUAUUGAUCUUUCUUAAGAAUACUUGGGUAACAGGGUGCCUUGCCCUGCCACAGACAGCAGUAGUUGAACAGAAGGCUAAUGUUGACUCAGGAGUGCAGAUACAGUGAAGGAAAUCUAUUUACACAGCUAAUUGCUGAACUUAUAUGUCAUAUCACUUCUGGUAGAUUGAUGGAGUCCCAAGAGUUAAGUUUUGGUCAGUUGCCCACAGGAACUGCAUCUGAGAGACAGUCUUUGAGUCCUUGACUAUAUGGGAAAGAAAACUUCCAUGGCAUUUCCAGCUUACUUAAUAAUGCUGUUGCUCCAGUGGUCCGUAGCUUGGAUGGUUUAGAGGAAAGUUCACACCCUGAUGUCUUGGGGAUCGGUUCAGAAACUUUUAUCCUAGCAUUAUCAGCUUAGGGCCAUCCCCUAUAACCAGCUCCUGGCCUGGUGGCCCUCCCCUGAAUUUGAUAGCAACUCUGAGUGCACAAUGUUUACAAGCUUAGUCACAGCCACUGGAUUUCAUCACUUCAAAGGACCGUCUGACAAAGGUUGCUUCCUUUCAGAGCCCCAGGAUUCAAUUUAAAUUAGUUGGUACUUUUAGUUCACAGUGUGUGUAUGUGAGGUCCUCUAGUGUUGCAGUUAUGCAAACAAAAGCUUGCUGAUACAGUCUAGUUUUGGGAGACAGCAGUAGCCAGUUGGUCAGAGAUUGUCACUGCCUGCUCUGUCUCGCAUUGUAUUGCAGAUUUGUGCUUUGUGUCACAGCUGACCUUGCUAAAUUCUGAAGAAUUGAGGGUAUUUCCAAUAUCCAGUUGUAAACAGUGAAAUUCUAGUGUUAUUUUCCAUCUCGUGGAUGCUCUGCCUGCCUAUUAAAGGGACAAAGUGGGUAUUUCAAUUAUCUUUGACAAGAUGUAAAAUUGGCUAGCUUUACAGUGUUAAAUAUUUAAACAGAACAUAAUUGGCUUUAAAUUUAUGGCAGUGCAUAGCAGAAACCCAUGAAAUGGUAGUAUAUAUUGAGCUCAUUUAUUAUCCUUUCAUCAGAGGUUUGUUCCCUUAGCAGGUAUUUGUUUAACAUGAGAAAAUGUAUGCCAAAUUAAGAGGAAAGGCUGAUUGGAGAGAGAUAAUAGGAGAAAAAAUAUUUCUUCCUUCUAGGCCAUUUUGUCCAGUCCACUCAGUUUAGCAGCGAUCAGUCCUGAUCCUGUUUAUUCUAUAUCUUGUCUGGUUUGCCCCAACAGUAUUUUCUUGUGUAUGGAGUUUGGUGGUCUCAGUAGAAAACUGCAUCACAGAUAACCUUUGUGCCUCCCCUACCACAUAUCAGAUACAACAAGGAUUAAAAGGAUUAGAUAACAGGGACAGACAUAAAUCUUACGCUUUAGGAUGAGGUGUGCUGCCAGGUAUGGGAAGAGUUUGAUCCCCUGCUCCUGCUCUGUGGAUAAAUCCAGGUGGGCACAAAUCUAUAACUGUUGAUGGUUACAUGAGAAGAUCAAACUGGAUUUCCUCUGAAUUCAGGUUAGGGAGCUGCUCUUCUUCCAUGGACAUGCAAGUUCAGCUGCAGGUCAUGUCUGCAUUUAAAGUCCGCUCCAGUUGCAGACCAAGAUAUUUUUACCUGCUUCUUUUAGCCGAUUUUCAGGCAAAUUGGCAGGUUUAGUACUCUGCUUGCAAGGCUGUAAGGCCUAUUUACUUAACCCCUAUUACCUGAGAGUAAUAGCUGUUACAACGUGAGACUGGAACUUCAGCUUCCUCUAAAUGGAUUAGGGAUUGCAUCUGUAAGACUCAGGCUUUUCUUAUGACAUCAGUCAAACCUUUCUCAGCUGGUGGCAUGGACUAGGGAUGGAAACCGUCUCAGCUAGAUACUAAACCCAUUUGCUUUAGGUCAGCAGUAUUCCCCUAGGACAUGCAUACAAAAUGCUUCUCUUAAAAAAAAAAAAAAAAGAAAAAAACAAUCUGGUCUUUGCUACCUCUUAAUACUCCAUUGGGAAGCCACAGUAGAAAACAUGUCUCCAUACAAAUGUAAGUGUUCAAGGAACAAGCAGAAUUCCACACUAUUAGGAGGUACUCUGAGUAGCUAAAAUCCCAGUCCAUAGCUUCAGCUUCCAUGUUUACACAGAGACUUGGAAUGAAAGCCAAUGCCUAUUAAAGGUGGGCAGGAUUCUAGCCAUCCUCAGAGAGCUAGGAUCUCACGCUGGAUUACAUGGAUUUUCUUUUUUUGAAAUGAUAACCAAUUUUUAAUUCCCAUAUAGUUAGUUACCUUUUCUGCGUAGCCAAAUCCUAUGUCUAAGCAAAUUCAUUUCAAGUGUUUUUAAGUUCAAGACAGUUUUGGUCUGACUCAGUCAAAAAUAGGAAUUCAUUACAGUUGGAUUCAAAACACAGGAGCUGAAGAAGGUUUCUUAUCUAGCAAAGUUUGGAAGAUUCUCAUAAACCGUUUUGGUGAAGGCAUGAAGAGCGUUGGCAACUUGCAAAUUAGCCUUGAAGUUUGUUUUUAAUAAAGGUAUAAAACAUAGUA